AAUCCUCCGUCGCUUUUUUAUUCCCUUGGAUUUGUAACAACUCUUUUGAAGCUUCAGAUCUCUUUUUUGGGCACGGAGAGCUCUCAGUACGCUUUGACCUUAGCAUUGGUGUUCUCAUGGCGUCGGAGAAAUGGGUGUUCAUGGUGACGGCGCAAACUCCGACGAACAUCGCUGUUAUUAAGUAUUGGGGAAAGAGAGAUGAGGUUCGGAUUCUCCCCGUUAACGAUAGCAUCAGCGUCACACUUGAUCCCGAUCACCUCUGCACGGUCACCACUGUUGCCGUUAGUCCAGCUUUUGAUCGGGAUCGCAUGUGGCUCAAUGGCAAGGAGAUUUCUCUUUCUGGAAGUAGGUACCAGAAUUGUUUGAGGGAGAUUCGGAGUCGAGCGGGUGAUGUUGACGACAAGGAGAAAGGAAUCAAGAUAGGGAAGAAAGAUUGGGAGAAACUGCAUCUGCAUAUUGCUUCUCAUAACAACUUCCCUACUGCUGCUGGCUUAGCAUCUUCAGCAGCUGGAUUUGCUUGUCUAGUUUUUUCUCUUGCAAAGUUGAUGAAUGUAGAUGAAGAUGCAAGCCAUCUUUCUGCGAUAGCCAGGCAAGGUUCAGGAAGUGCUUGCCGUAGUUUAUUUGGUGGAUUUGUCAAGUGGGAAAUGGGAAGCAAAGAUGAUGGAAGUGACAGUGUUGCAGUUCAACUGGCAGAUGAGAAGCAUUGGGAUGAUCUGGUUAUCAUCAUUGCUGUGGUGAGUUCACAGCAGAAGGAAACAAGUAGUACCUCAGGAAUGCGUGAAAGUGUUGGGACGAGUUUGCUUUUACAGCAUAGGGCAAAAAAAGUAGUGCCAAAACGGAUUCUCCAAAUGGAGGAAGCUAUAAAAAAUCGAGAUUUUGCAUCCUUUACACAAUUGACAUGUACUGACAGUAAUCAGUUUCAUGCGGUUUGUCUGGAUACAUCUCCACCCAUAUUCUACAUGAAUGACACCUCCCACAGAAUAAUUAGUUUAGUUGAAAAGUGGAACCGUUCUGAAGGGACACCACAGGUUGCCUACACAUUUGAUGCUGGCCCAAAUGCUGUACUAAUUGCACGUAACAGAAAGGUUGCAGUUCAAUUGCUGCAGGGACUUCUGUACUAUUUCCCCCCAAAGUCAGACACUGAUUUGAAGAGUUAUGUAGUGGGCGAUAAUUCGAUUCUAAAAGAAGCAGGAUUAGAUGAAGCAAGUGGUGUCGAGAAUCUGCAACCUCCACCGGAAAUUAAAGACAACAUUGGAACUCAGGAUCAAAAAGGGGAAGUCAGUUAUUUUAUCUGCACUAGACCUGGAAAAGGUCCCAUCGUGAUUCACGACCAAACUCAAGCCCUUCUCGAUCCUGAAACCGGCCUUCCUAAGUGAGCAUUUUCUCUGCUUCAAACUAAUAUUAUGACAAGCAUCUUAUAACUGCAAGUUUAAGAAACGAAAUUUGUGGCACAAUAGGUGCACUUACGUUGUUAUCUACUGCUAGCUUUCUUAUUUCCAAAUAAAUAAAGUCAUUGGUUUGUUUCA